UAUUGGACUGACUGAGCGCGCUUAAUUCCCUGACCUUCAGACUUCUAUUUCAGUGGAAGUGGUAUCACUAAAAUGACUAAAGAAAAGGCAGGUUUCUUAACUCCGAAGGCAAUAGCUAACAGAAUCAAAGCCAAAGGUCUGCAAAAACUACGAUGGUACUGUCAGAUGUGUCAAAAACAAUGUAGAGAUGAGAAUGGAUACAAAUGUCACACAAUGUCUGAGUCUCAUCACAGACAAAUGAAGCUAUUUGCCGAGGAUGGUGGGAAAUUUAUUAGCAGUUUUUCGUCUGAAUUCCUAAAGGGCUACCUUGACAUACUGCGUCGUCAGUUCGGUGGGAAACGCGUGCAUUCUAAUGUUGUUUAUCAGGAAUACAUUAAAGACAAAGAGCAUAUACACAUGAACGCCACACGAUGGCACACACUUACAGGGUUGUGCAUGUGGCUUGGGAAACAGGGUAUUUGCAAAGUGGAUGAAACUGAGAAGGGCUGGUUCAUUGAAUAUAUUGAUCGUGAUCCAGAGAAAGAAAAGAGGCAGGAAAUGAACGAACGGUUGGAAAAAACAGAAGAUGAGAUUAAUAGGAAGUUUCUAGAACGCCAGAUAGAACAGAAUUUGAGCAAGGUUGAACAAAUUGAGGGUCCCUUGUACACUCCUCUUCUUCGUGCAAAUGAAGAUGAACCAAUACGGUUGGGGAUAUCAUUAUCUCAGAAGAAGCCGCCAUCUGAAGCAGUGGACGAUAGUGCUAGCCAAAAUCCAGGUGCCUCGGAAGAAAAAACUCCAAGUCUCAUGACGUUAGGUCCAAAGAAGGAAAAACCUGUAAACCCUCUUUUGCUCGCAGAAAAGAAAGCACGUGAAGAGAAGUCUAAAUCCGUCAUUGGGAAAAAGCAGGAUUCACGUACUACAACGGGAGUUCGUCGGCGUGCUUUAGAUGAGCUGAUGGAAAAAGAAGAAGCUUUUAAAGACAAACGAAAUCGGAGGGACUAUUGGAUGACAGAAGGAAUUGAAGUCAAACUGAUCAAUCGUAAACUACCAGAUGAUCUUCUCUGGAGACAUGCAACAGUUAUAAAAAUGCUGGAUAACUAUACGCAUCUCAUGAACUCCAAUAUACACUAUUCCGUUGCUCAAACCAACUGACAAUGGCUGAAUGAAUAAGUGUCCUUUUCGGUCUGACAGUUCAUUUCUUUUCCUGUCAACUUCACUUGUUACAACUUCAACUGAUGAAUAUCUGUGCAAGGUUCUUCUCUGACUUGUCUGUUCGGUUUCAUGAAAAACUUAAGGUUCAAUUUGGGUCGUGGUAACAUGCUUCAAAAAGACAGGCUAUCGUAAGGACACUGGAAUGUCAUACAAAAAUCAAAGUGGAUCAAAAUCACGUACAAACAGUGGUUCCAGAACCCUCGUCAACUGUUCUUGUUGUCAAUGGCGCCUACAGAGGAGAGUACGCUACGUUAGAGCAGGUUGAUAAAGAAAAGAACACAUGUGAAAUGACUAUAAUGACUGGUCUUUGUAUGGGUCGUCUUGUCAAAAAUAUCUCUUUGGACGAUAUCUGCAAAUUGUCGGAAGCCCGACGAGAACAAUAAGAACAUUCAGACGUUAAUUAUUACAAAAACUUUCGUUUAUUAACAAUGUACAGUUCUUUCAAAUACUAUUAAUAUAUACUUAUAUAGUGUUAUGGUUUACAUAAUAUAACAAUUUAGAAAC